AUGGUGAUUAAUCCUCGAGGAUGGGAAGUUCCUCAGCAGAGCCCAUCCAGCACGAGGACAAGGAGCCAGUCGCCCUCAGCUGUAUUGGACGGACCAAGUUGUUGCCACCCGGAGGAACAUGCUGCUGCUGAUGUCUGGUGGGCGAGAUCUAGAAGAAGGGGAAGAGGGCUCGUGGAAACAGGAGGAGCAGGAGUAGCAGCGGAGGACAGGCCUGAGGAAGGAGGGCAAAACUUCACCACAGCCGCGAGUGAGAGAGACCCAGCCACAGGGAAAUGUUCCCUGUAG